GAGCUGCGGUCGAGACAAGUCUCUCUGUUUGUCUCUAAAGAAACAUUCAACUUUUCUCAACAAAACAGCAGAAUCUCUGCCAAACCCUGAGUGUGGAUAUGUCUGCUGCCAGCUGUCUACUGACUGAAGAUCAGUUUCUGUGCUCCAUCUGUCUGGAUGUGUUCACUGAUCCAGUCACCAUACCAUGUGGACACAGCUUCUGUAAAACCUGCAUCACUGAACACUGGAAUAUUAAUGUCCUGUGUCAGUGUCCCAACUGUGAAGAGGUUUUCAACACAAAACCUGAGCUGCAGGUCAACACUUUCAUCUGUGAGAUAGCUGCUCAGUUCAGACAGUCAGCUCAACAGAAAGCCAGCAGCAGCAGCUCAGAGCAACAAGCUGCCAAACCAGGAGAAGUUCCCUGUGACGUCUGCACUGGAACCAAACUGAAGGCCCUGAAGUCCUGCCUGGUUUGUCUGGUCUCCUACUGUGAGACUCACCUGGAGCCUCAUCUGACAAUGACAGGCCUGAAAAGACAUCAGCUGAUCGACCCUGUGGAGAACCUGGAAGGCAGGAUGUGUACGAAGCACGAUAAACUGCUGGAGCUGUUCUGUAAGACCGACCAGAUGUGUGUCUGCAUGCUCUGCUCUGUUUCAGACCACAAGACACAUGAUGUUGUUCCUCUGAAAGAAGAAUAUGAAGGAAAGAAGGCCGAGCUCAUCGACCACCUCCACCUCCUCCAAAGCCUCCCGUCCCUGAACGCUGCUCCACUCACCAAGGACUGGACAGAAGUCAGCGUCCGUCCACCUUCAUAUGAGGGGACUGUGAGGAGAGCUGUGAAUCAGCUGGAGGAGACGCUCAGUGAACAGAUGAAGAAGCUGCUCUCUGAGGCUGAGCUGGAGAGGAUCCAGCUGUAUGCAGUGGAUGUGACCCUCGAUCCUGAUACAGCAAAUCCCUACCUCAUCCUGUCUUAUGAUGGAAAACAAGUUAAAUAUGGUGAUGUAUGGAAGAAUCUCUCAGACAAUCCAAAGAGAUUUUCUCUUAUUCCUUCUGUUUUAGCAAAGCAGAGUUUCUCUUCAGGGAGAUUUUACUACAAGGUUCAGGUUAAAGGGAAGACUGAGUGGGAUUUAGGAGUGGCCAGAGAAUCGAUCAACAGGAAGGGAUACAUCACACAAAGGCCUCAGGAUGGUUACUGGACGAUAUGUUUGAUAAAUGAAAGUGAGUACUUUGCUUAUACUGACCCUCCAGUCCGUCUCUCUCUGAAGUCUCGGCCUGAGAAGGUGGGGGUGUUUGUGGAUUAUGAGGAGGGUCUGGUCUCCUUUUAUGAUGUUGAUGCUGCAGCUCUUAUCUACUCCUUUACUGGCUGCCGCUUCACUGAGAAACUCUACCCAUACUUCAGUCCUGAUCCUAACUAUGGUGGUAAAAACUCUGCCCCUCUGAUCAUCACACAGUAAAACGUGAUGUGUUUGCUAAGUUAAAAACAAUGUUGCUAAGCUGCAUAAACCUCUUAAGUUUAUGCAGCUUAAAAGCCACGCUUUGUGAUAACAAUUAAAACACAAAUCUUGGCCGAACAAUAAGCAAGCAUGACAUUGCCUUUUCUAACCUUUAUUUAACCAGAAAAAACCUCAUUGAGAUUAAAAAUCUCUUUUCCAAGAGCAUCCUGGUCAAGACUGGCAGCACCACAAUUAACAAGGUUGCAGACAUUAAAACAUAGGACAUAAACAUAAAACAGAUAACAGUUUACGAUGGGAAUAAAUAGUGAGUUACAAGGUCAUAAAAUAUCAAACUUUCAUAGAUAUUUACCACAAGUAAUAAACAACAAGGAUCAUCUGAGUAAUCAAUCAGAACAUCUACAGCCAGAACUGCCAGCCUCCAUGUCAUUUAAAAGCAAGCAGUGAAACCGGCUCCUGAAGAUUCAGGACAUUUUCAGCUGAUUCCAAGCACAAGGAGCCGCAUUCUGAAACGGCCCUUUUCCCAAUUCAGUCCAGACCAAAGGGACAGUUAACAGUAAUAAGUCUUUGUUCUGAGGACUUCUCUUCCUAUGCCUUUCUUUUAGAUGUAGAUUUGUAGGUAUGGGGGAAACUGAUGUUUUUUCAUAUUUUAGCUUAUGAUUCCAAUAUUAUUGUAACUAUUAUCCAAUUAAAGAUUUUGUUUGUGUGUGUUUUAGUUUAAAUCUCUUCUGUAAUAAACUUACAAUAAGCA